AUGGCAGAAAUAACCCCGCCACCAUCGCAGAACAACACCCCCCAACGUACCUUCCCAGCCCCAUCUCAUCCCCAAGGUUCUGAAGGGUCCCAUGCUUCCGGCUUGGGCGCGGACGAGGUGACUGUUCCCCCGCUUGCUUCGGCUCUCUCGCCCCCUGGCGCUAGUGCAGGGGCAGAGAUACCAGAAGGCGCCUCGAAUACUGCUGCUCCGUCCGGGCCUGUGCCAGCGGGAGACAGUAUGGAUUUAGACAAUAUCCCGUCGCCGGGUUCCGUCGGCUAUGACGAGCUGCUGGAGAGUGAUCCCGAGGCUUUGAUGGAGGAGCCCGAGGCAGCCUGGGAUGGAGAAGGAGAAGGAGAGGUUGAAGUAGAUCCUCAGGAGAUAGAUAUUGAUAGCGAAUCGGAGGAAGAGAAGGGCAAGGGGAAAGGAAAGGCAAGGGCCACUGCUACCAAGAAACGUACCAAGCGCGCCACCCGUAGACUGCCCCAGCAACACCAGCCCUCAUAUCCCAGCCGUACGCGACCAGACCGCACCGACCGGUUGGACUUGAAAUACGAGAGCGGGAAAGGGGGUGGAGGCAGGAAGGAUGAGCAGUACGAGUCCGAGAUCGUGCAGAGGUGGAACACUCAAUUCGGGGAUGUUCUGGGUCCUGCGCCGAAGAGAGACAUCUCUCCUGCGCCUGCCAAGGCCCCCGAGCCUGAGCCAGAGGUCGCCCCUGCCGCCCCUUCCGCCCCUGUCGAACCUGUCCAGCCCGCCGAGCUCACUCAGCCCACUGAACCCGCUGAGCCUACUGAGCCCACUGAGGGUGAACAAAUCACCGCCGAACCCAGCGCUCCCGAGUCCGCCCCAGCUGCCUAA